AUGUGCAUGCGCUGGAAGGCAGCACCAGCAACGCCUGCUAAUCCCUCCGCCUUCGCAGCACCAGCAACAGAAAUCAGCAGCAGCAGCACAUUAACCAGCAGCAAACUUCAACUUGUCUUUCUCAUUACUGUCAUGCUGCUGCCAGCUGUCCGUACACCAGCCGCAGCAGCAGCAGCAGCUGUUGCUGCUGCUGCCGGGCCAGGGGCAUCGACUGCAGCAGCAGCAACAACAACAGCAGCAGCGAUACCAAGAGCAGCUUCUAAGCUGCAGCAGCAGCACCUAGGACUGACGCUGCAGCAGAGACACUUUGGUAUAUUUGGAGGCUGGAAGGAACAGCCAGCAGCAGCAGCAGCAGCAGCAGCAGCAACCAAAGAAGCAGCAUCUGCAGCAAAGGAUAAAGGAGCAGAAGCAGCAAAGGACGCAAAAGACGCCCUGACUGCAGCAGGAAGGACUGCUGCUGCUGCUGCAGCAAUCCCCAACGCCUCGCCACACCCCAACUCUGAAGGGAAACCCAGCAGCAGCAGCAGCAGCAGCAAGAGCAGCACCAGCAGUAAUAGGGGCUUCUUUUCUUUCUUUAGAGGCAAAGCAGCGACACCCCCGUCAGCAGCACCCGCAGCAGCAGCAGCAGCAGCACGCCCAGAAGCAGCACCACGUGCACCUGCUCCUGCAAACCCGUCUCCAGAAAAAGCCAAGAGCAGCAGCAGCAACAGCAGCAGCAGCAGCAGCAACAGCAGCAGCAGCAAGAAGCCAAGGGUUCCCGUGCUGCAGCGGUUGAAGUAUUUCUCUCUGGGUUUCCUUGUUGCUGGUACCUUCUCCUUGCUGCUGCAGCAGCAGCAAGUAGAGAGCACCAGCAGGGCAGCAAUGCAAGCAGCAACAGAUUUAGCUGCACGACUAUCCGAGCUAGAAGAUAAGCUCCAUCAGCUGCAGCAGCAGCAGCAGCAAAAGAAGCAAUAA